GCAGAAUGACAGGAAUAGCAGAAGUCCCUGCUCUCACAGGCAACUGUGACUCACACAGGGCUCUGCUCUUAAUCUAAACCAGCCACGGCCCAGCUCAAUUCACUGCAUACUCAAAGAAGCUGUCUUUCCACACAAAGCCCGGCGAGACAUGGCAGAGGAGCAUAGGGAAGAAAGGGCAGAGGCCCUCUCUCGUCAAAACUAAGAGAUUUGGACAAAAAGCCACAUUUCUAUUAUUUCAUGUCGCCUGGCACCCUCCCAGGAACCCUGACACUGAAGCCUGCCCAAACCCACAACGGCCCUGAGCAGCCUUAACUGAAGACCUUCUUACCUGCAAGAAAGUUCUAUGGCUCUCCGCUGCUACCAGGGGGUGGAGAUGAGUCUGAGAAGUAACUGGAAGCCACAGAAAACUGUAUACCCCCAGGAUGGGAGUACGUGAAUAAAGAGCUUGCCCAAUCCAGAAGGAGGCAGGGCUGUGGUUAAAAAUGCAGGCAAACAGGGCCUGAUGAGAAGGCUCCUGGCAGAUGGGCGGAGUCCAAUGAUGGCAUGUGACUAAUAGUUGAGGGCGGGGCCAAAAACUAGGAUAGCCUAAAUGACAGAUGAGUGGACUCUAAAGACCAAGGCCAUGGACAUACAAACUGUGAGUACAGCCCUUUCAGAAGAGACUUGCCUAGUGGAUAACGAGCCGUGUGUAAAGUUAGAGAAGACAGCCAUAAAGAUUCAGUCAUGGUGGCGUGGCAACAUGGUCCGACGAACGCUACUGCACGCAGCACUUGGAGCAUGGGCCAUCCAGUGCUGGUGGAGGUCAGUGCAAACCAAGAUGUUGGAGCAAAGGCGGUGCUUGGCACUAAAACUCUACACCUGCCAGGAAUGGGCAGUGGUGACGGUGCAGGCACAGGUCCGCAUGUGGCAGACCCGCAGACGAUUCCUCCAGGCACGCCAAGCUGCCUGCAUCAUCCAGGCUCACUGGCGCUGGCAUGCCAGCCAAACCCGAGGCAUGAUCCGGGGCCACUAUGAGGUCAGAGCCAGCCAGCUGGAGCUUGACAUCGAAAUUCUUAUGACCUAGGGUGCUGGCAAAGCCAUGGGGGGCUGGAUCUCCCUCCCAAUAAAGACACUUACUGAUCCUA